AUGAAGCCAACUCCCAUCUUUAAGCUAAAGGAACAGCCAGAAGAACAGACUGGAACUGUUCGGAGCAGCCCGGGCGAUCUCUCCUUCUCCGCUCCUUUGACAAAGCUCGCGGUGGAAAGCGUUUCAGUCUCCCAUCGCACACAGCAGCCAGACCGAGCGCGAUACUCGAAUGAAUUGAAAACCACUCGGGCUCCCCAGUUCUCCCCGCUCGGCGCCUCCACCUCCAGCACAACCCCGGGUGCACGCGGUUCAGUCGCUCCACUCGCCGGGAUCCGCCGCCUGUCACCCAGGGCGACACCGACAGGGGAUUCCCUGCGCGGCGACCGCAGCGCUCUUGCAACCCACCACCACCACCACCACCACCACCCGGUGAGGCCACGUUUGCCAGACAAAAAGAGCCCGAAUUUGCAAAAAGCCGCAUGGACUCACCUCGGGGCUGCGCUCCUCUGGCCUCGCCGUCGGUGGCCUCGCCGUCCGCCGCCCGACUGGGCGCCCAGGAUCAUUGUUUGGAGAGUGUCUGCGCGCGGUGCGUGCCCGGCGGCGGGCGGGUGGCCUCUGCCUGGGCCCGGCGGCCGGGUGGCAGCUGUGAGCGCGGCUCCGCCCCCUCCGCCUCCGGUUACGCCGCCCUCCGCGGCUCGCGCCGCACCUCCGCAGUCCCCGCCGCCUCUCCGCGUCCCCCCAGCCCAGCGAGCCCGCCCAGCAGCUACAGCUCUCCAGCCCCCCAUCCUUCCAAACUCCACGCCCCGCCCCUGCCUCCCGCUCCCUGCCCACCAGCUUGCAACCGCGAAGCUCCGCCCCGACUCCCGGCGCCAGCUGACCCCCGCCCCCCCCACCCCCCAGCUAACCCCCUCUGGCCACCCUCUCCUCAGCCAUGACUCUGCUCAGUUCUGCAGGGGCUUGCUUGCUUCCGUGUCUGAAGGCUUUCUUAGCCACAGUGCUUGCACAGAGAAGAAAACUGAGGCUCAGAGGACCACAUUAUUUGCCAGGGUUUCUCAGCUGAAAACUGGAAUUGGAAUCAAGGGCUGUCUGAUUCCACUGACAGGUCAGCAUCCCAAGAUGCAAGAGAGAGAGAGAGAGAGAGAGAGAGAGAGAGAGAGAGAGAGAGAGAGAGAGAGAGAAGAUUCAGAGCCAGGCCUGGGAGCUGGUGUUUUGAUCAAAAAAGGAAUUCACUUUCAAACAGACAUGUAUUCUUUGAAAAAAUAAUAAUAAUAAAUAAAUAAAACAAACAGAAAAUCUCUUCCAACUCAGCUGACUAAGUCCCAGUCAGGAUGACAGCAGCGUUCACUUGCGAGAUCCCACAGAGCUGGGGUCCAGCAAGAAAAUAAAUGUGACUUUCAUAUCA